AGGUUUCUAUCCAAACGCGGCGGUGAUGCGAAAUUUGAAUUGCGAGCUAGCGAGCUAGCUGCUAGCAAACGCCUCGAAUGUAUAGCUAUCGUUUUUCUUUUUCCUAAAGACCAUGGCGUCGUUUCAUCAUUUAUUACAACACACAACACCACGGUUUGAAUCUCCUGCAAAGGUGUUCGCUAAGCUAAAGUCGAAAGUGAAGAGAGAAGCGAUUCACGCGAAGGAGGAGACUUUUACAGGCAGCGACCCGCUGUGUAGCGUUAGAGACAAACAUGGUGUGUUUAAGUCACCGAGGAAGAGAGCAGAGAGCACCUGGAUGACCGAUGAGCUGAAGAAGAAUCAGAGGUCCGGUUCGUAUCGCAAUGAAGUGCAGGCCUUGACUCUCUCGCCGAUAUCGAGUCCCGAGAAAACCUUCGUGCAUCCAGACAGUAUCAGCAAGCACGUGAAAGAAAAGCCUCCUAUGACAGAAAUAGGACAUGGGUGCACACCAAGAAAGAGAGCUUUCCUGGAGUCAACAGCGUUGUCUCACCCCUCUUCUCUGGUCAACAGAAAGCAGAUCCACACAGAGUCACCUCAGAUCAGAGACUCGGGUGGCUUCAAGGUAAUCAGCAGGACGCCAGUGAAGGUACAGCCAGUGGACAGUGACUUUGAAAGCAGUGUGUUUGUGGAGGGGUGUGCUCCUCUUGACCCACGGAUGUCUAGAGCCUUUAUGUUCUCCCCCAUGAGGAAGAGGUUAAAGAGAAAAUGUGAGCCGCAGGAGUUUAACAGAGUCACCAGCGGCACAAAGGAGGUCAGCAAUGAACCCAGAAGUCAGCCACAAGAAAGGAAAACCUCCCGUGCGUUCAGUGGGGACAACAACACUUGCACUGAGGGUUUGGGUAAUGUCAGAGGAUUAUCUACUGCAUCAGAGGCGAACCAAUUCCUCCAUGAACCCGUGUUCCCAUCACCAAUGAAACAUUGCUAUGUUCGUGUGGAAAAGUGUCCUCUAAUGUCUCCAGCUAAGAUGUUUACUUACAUGAAGAAGAGGGAAAGUAAAACGAAGCAGCAGGAAGUUCAUAAAGUCAGCAGCAGCACGAGGGAUCUCUUUAAUACAAGUGAUUCCCAUCAGUCCGGAGACACAUCGCCUCCCUCCACAGUCCACAGCAUGGGAGAGAUGGAGGACAUUGCUUUUAGAAGUGUUCCAGAAAGUGUGGCUCAGGUCAACCGGUCCAGAGUAGAGUCAGCUGACAGCCUGUCGGACACGGACCCCUCUGAGGAUGUCCUGACACCUGCUGUGUCGCCACAACCUGUUUCGCUGGAAGACCCGCUUGUGCUCAAUACGCCGAGGAUCUCCAUACCGAAGAAGCUAGACGCUGUGUUCAAGCGAAACAAAUGGCCCCAGAGCAUAAAAUUCCCAAGUGAGAGUGUGAUUUAUCUCAAAAAGUGGUUCCUGAGGAGGAAUCACAAGGGCCUGUUUGUUGAUGGAAUCCACCGGGCCGAAAACAUACCAUGGAACAGUAACAUCAUUGUGGCCCGGGUUUCUAAUAAUGUUGUGAAGACCGUCUCCGGCAGGGUUUACAUCUUGAGUGACAAGAUGAACAUGAGCGCCGACUCUGGGUUGCCCAAGUGGCUUUUGAAGAAGUUUGCCAAUGGGUUUCCUCCAGACUGGGAAGCCCUUUAUGAGAGAUUUCUAUCAGAGUCAAGCGACGACCCCAGCAGAGAAACGGAGAGGAACAGCAAGGGGGGAAGUGUCACGUCGAAGACAAAACCCAAGGCAUCCUCCAUCAUUGACACUGUGAAGCGGCAGAAGAAAAAAUCUUUCAAGACUCCGGAUUCCUCUCUUCCUGCCUCCUUGUCUCGACCAAACGUGUCCCGAAGUGGUCGCGUGAUCAAGCCACCUCUGGAGUAUUGGAAAGGAGGGAGAGUCAUUCUGGAUGCACACAUGAAUGUUACCAUCCACGAAUGUUAUGAUACCUCCAUCUGCAUCCCUGGCUCUACAACGGAGUCUACGAGAGCGUCACAGAAACCUCCGCGUGUGUUCCUGCCCUGCAGUAAAGGCCGUCAGCAAUGUGAAUCAGCCAGCGACAAAGAAGCAUCAGUACCUCUGAGGAGGGUCAAGGCUCCACUCCGCAAAGGCAACAGUGCCAAAUCUAAGCCUGAAAACAAGCCCUCUUAUUCACCUGAACCUCCUGUGGAGACACUUCACAGCCCUGAGGAGUGGUGUGGCAGACAAACAAGGUCCAGCCGAAGACGUCCAGCUACAGAGAAAACAUUGUAUGUGGACACUGUCCCUCAAAAGCAAAAGGAACCUGAAAAGUCUUCAAGAAAACAGACACAUAACUCCACAAGGUCUUCAGUGAGAGUCUUGGGUGGCAAGCGGGCUGUCCCAGCACCCCCAAAAUCAUUUAAUGAUUCUAAAACAUCAGCAUCAUCAGAUGAGGAGGUCAAUUGGAGAAGAAAGUCAGGGAAGGAAGUGCACAGAAAGGGAGGCAGGAGAGCUCUUAACAAGUCACGGCCAAGCUACGUGUUUCCAUCAAGCGAGUCAUCAGAGUCCUCUGAUGAGAUUGAGAAGGAAGUGGGGAAGAGAACCAGAGUAACACAAACAAAACAAAAACAGAGCAAAUCGACCAAGUCAUCAUCACCCACAAAGCCUUUGCCUAAGUUGACACAGACCAGCAAGAAAAAACCCACGGCAAACAAAGGCAACGCACCGAUUCCGCAAGAGCACGAUGCUGACGAGUGGACGGAGGCGGAGCUUAUGAAGCUACAAGAGGCCGUGUCCUACUAUCCUAAGCACAUGGCAGGUUACUGGGCAAAGGUGGCGAGGAUGGUUGGAACACGUUCUGCAGGAGAGUGCCACUUCCAGCACACAUCCCAGGGAACCUCCCAGACUCCUGCUAAGAGAGCCACGAAACCCACAAAGAAGAAGUUGGAAGCACCAAAAGAUACAGAUUAUCCGGUGAUAUCUGCCCGAGCAGGAACCUUAAAGAGAAAGCAGCAGGUGCGUCAGUUCCUGGAGGCCAUGCCCCGAGAAGACGUUGAGGACGUCUUCAGCUCUGCGUACAUGCAGAACAAACGCUUUGAGAUGCCCUCCAUGUGUCCGAGUGACCACGACUUCACAUUGACAGAAAUGGAGCCACUGACACCGAUGUCGACAGGUUUCCCCGAAGUGAAGACUCCUCAGUGUCUGCAUAUCACUCCUGGCAUGAUGGGUUCUCCAAACAGGAGCAAUGAUGACAAGUACGUCUAUCAACUCCAGAAGAGGAUGAAAAAAAAUCAGUUUAACGUCUGCAAACAGGCCCCUUCUUCAAAGAGCUUCACACCCACACCAUCCGUUAAACGAACAAUGAGAAGAUGUGGUAACACAGAAAAUGACACCUUCCUCGUUUGGGAGAUGUUCCCAGGAAAUGAUGGUGCACUGUCUGAAAGCGGAGAGGAAGAGGAUUUUUACUUCUCAGACAACGACUGAUUAGAGCUGAAAUGUUUUAUCAUUUAACAAAAAAAUCUAAAAUUGUUUGCAUGAACUAAAAUCAAUACAGUACAUAUCUGUAAAUACAGUUUUUCUUUAAAGCCAUAGUCACAAGAGUCAGUUGUUACUAUUCUUUUAAUAAACAUUCUUAAAUUCG